GUCACCUGUCGCUGCCACCCUUGUUUCCAUGCGAGAUGGCGACAUGAUUGCGCUGGCCGUUUGAGAGCGGGGCCGCCAGUUCAUGACUCAUUGUGAACUUGAAGGACAUCUGCCCGGCCAUGUCGUAGCCCUCGUAGUCCUGCAUCGGCAAUUUUUAGGUGUAGAUGAACAGCUGUUCAGUCCUCCAUCAUGGGAAGAGAGAGGAAAUGCAUUUUGUGUAACAUCAUUUACAGUUCCAAAAGGGAGAUGGGUGAACACAUGAGGAGUAUGCUGCACCACAGGGAACUGGAGAAUCUCAAAGGAAGGGACUGCAAACAUGAGUGCCGAGUUUGCAGGGUGACUGUGGUGGGUCUCUCGGCUUAUGCCAAACACAUCUCCAGCCAGCAUCAUAAAGAGAAUGUGGAGACCCAGGAGGGUGAAGAGAACCGCAAGGAUGAUGGUAAAGAAGAAGAAUACUUUGACAAGGAGCUUAUUCAACUGAUUGGGCAGCGGAAAGAGCAAACAAGAAAGAAUGAUGUGCCCAAGCCAGGAAACCGAGCAGAUGGUGAUGACAGACGAUAUUGGAGGAUGAGGGAAGACCAGCCUAUGAGCCAAUGGCACCAUGAAAGUGCAGGAGAGCGGGAGCGGAACUGGGUCCCAAGGGAAUAUGCCAGUUGCAGAUUGAGCAAAUACCACUGGAAGACAAAUUCAGGGGGUUCUUCAAACCGACGCUUACCGGGCUCGUGGGGACAUCACAGUUGGCAGCCCGAUGACAGCGAAGCGGCUCCCAAUUGGUAUUCCAAUCAUAGCUGGCAUUCCAGUGGACCAGGGGGGGCACCUAGUCAUCAUCGCAAGGUCCAAGGGGGCCCAUCAAACUGGAACACUAGUGCCAGCACUGUUGCAGACAGUGCAGCUCACUACAUGAGCAGCAGGUCGAAUGCCCGACAUCAGCCUGGUAACAGCGGUAAUUCUGUGGAGGAGCUGGAUCGGAAAUGGAAUAAAGGGAAAAUGCAGAAGUUGAAUCAAAUGGAUAGCAGAAGUGUGAGAGAUCGGCGUGCGUGGGAGAAAGCACAAAACUGGAGGAGGCCAGGGAGAAAAACGUCAGACAGGUACAGCAAGAACGAUUAUGCCUUUCAGGAAUGUCACAUGGAUUUCACCAGUGAUGAUGUGCCAAGUGAAGGGAUGUUGAGUUUUAACCUUGUGUUAAAAGCCCAGAAUAAAAGUGAUGAGAAGGGGGGGAAAAGUUUAAGUCCCCCGAGAGAUAAGAGGCAUCGCUGGGCUCCAUAUCGUCCUCAGAGGUCUAAAGAUCUGGCCACAGAUCCUGGUAUUAGAAGCAAGAAUGUGAAUGAAUCUGGGAGUAGUUCCAGGUCGGCACGAGUGAAAGACACUGAGACUCGGCACCGAAGUGGUGGUCGGCACUCUGGGAAAGUGACUGAAGGAUCAAACAGUGGUGCAAGCUCUGUAAUACAACAUGGUUACUCAACAGAGGAUGAAAUCAAAGCAGCAAACGAAGAUGGGAACCAGCUUCCUGCCAUGCUUCAUGCCAAAUUUUUACCCAGUCCUCCUCCUGAACGUGCAUCCUCUGCUUCAGAUUCAAACCCAAAGAAAGACGAACCCUCAUUUAAGAUAGAAAGUGAGAAGUGGCCAAGGUCCCCCAAUUUGGGAACACAAUGUUCACUACUUAGUAAGAGCACACAAGGGCUGAACAGUGCACCAAGCACAUCAACAGCUCCCCUUUCAACAGAAGCUACCGCAGAGACAACUGUACGGCCCUCACUGGCUGCACCAGGCUGUGGUGACAAAUCGCCACUGGACAAUAGUUUGAAUGAGAUGCUGAGACUGGCCAGAGAAGCCCUGAGGCAGAGUCAGUCUGAAUGUGGACAAGACAGUCAUCCAGAGAGUAGUGGAGAACCUGGGGAGGGUAGAAACAGUAACAGUAUAUUGCAGAACACAGAUGGAGACAUGGUGCAGCAAGCACCAGGUGACUCCAGGAAACUGAGCCAAGAACCUAUUGGCAUUUCAGAAGAGUUGGACCCAGUUACAGCUGUAAGUUCAGGCCAGACUUGUGUACAAAAAAUAGAAGAAUCUCACUCAGAUACAAUUAUGGAUUCUGCCAGCAUGCAUUCAGAUCAGAGGCAGUCUUGUGCACAAACAAUAAAAGAUCAAACAGCUAUAUUAGGUACCCAGCAUGAUGCUGAUUUUGAAGUCUGCAUCACAAAAGGUGAUUCAAAGGCCUUGGCUUCAAGAACAAGAGAUCAGCCAUCGUUCACUUUCUCCUUUGCAGUGACUGAAGCAAAAAAUGCAAAUGAGGUCCAAGGUUCCAUGCCUCCUGAAACAUUUGAUAAUUGUUCCUCUGAUAUUGAGCUACAGAGUGGAGGGACCCAGGGUUCCAACAGUCUCCUGUCUGAACUCAACAAGCUUGGACUUCCCACCUCUGUACAGAGAGACCUAACCCGCCACAUCAACGCUAAGUCCCGACCUGGUACUCAUGUCCCUGAACCAAACCUCAAUAUCGCCCGCCGAAUUCGGAACAUAGGAAGUCAGAAGAAAAGUGAAUCCGAGAAGGAAUCUGGUCUGAAACCAACUGUACGUCAGCUGCUGAAUGUAUCUCGGCAUCAUGUCAAUUGGGAUCAAGUUAUACAGCAAGUCGCUAAAAAGAAACAGGAGCUUGGCAAGGGUUUACCAAGGUUUGGGAUUGAGAUGGUUCCUUCGGUGCAAACCAGUUUGGAAGCUCUGCAGCUGGAUGAGGAGAAAAACUUCCUUUCUCUAGAAGGCUUUCAGUGGGAGGGAAUCUCCAAUGCAACAGCCGGAAGCAUUCGGAAGCGCAGCCUUUCUGAAAGCAGUGUGGUCACAGACAAACGAUCAAUUUAUAAUCUGUUCGGCGAUGACUUGAAACACCUGGAGGAGGACAGGGCUCCCAGCAUUCCAAGCAGCAAGCUACCUCCAUUUCCUCCAGGACCAAAUACUUCGACCUGUCAGGCUGCUCGUGAUAGCCCUGCCCUCUCAGAAACACUCCAGCUUGGCAAGACUGAUGACAAUUCCAGCUCUUCAACCCAGGAGCUCCCCACAGUGAAGAUGGAAGGAAGCAUAGACUCACAUAUUGGUCUUGACAGCAUCCCUGUGAAGAACAGUGGGAUGGAAAAGGGAUCUCUCCUUUCCGCCAGUGAUGGUUCCUGUCGACAAGGCACUCUUCAGUUAGAGGAGGAUGGUGAGGUGCCUGCCCAGCAGAGUUCCUCUGGUGCUGUGCCGUGUUGCAUUGCAGCAGAUGGUGCCACUGAUAGCAGCUACACUUCUGGCGGUGAACUCAAUGACACCCAAGUUCUGGGCAAGAGAAGAAGAGCAACAGCGGAUGGCCUGUCUCCAGAGCUUCAUGGUUUAGAGAGAAAUAAUAAGAGGAGAAAGAUCAAAAGUAAAAGAGAAAGGAGCCAGCUGGAGCAAUUGUUGAGCAUUUCACUGCGAGAGGAUGAGCUGAAUAAAACAAGCCAAGGAUUAGAUGGAAACUUGCUGCAGGCUCGAUCUGCUCUCCAAGCUGCGUAUAUUGAGGUUCAGAAGUUGCUGCUGCUUAAACAACAGAUCAGCCUGGAAAUGAAUACACUAAGGACCAAGAGAAUAGAAAUCCUUCAAGGACUGCAAGAUUCCAACAUUCCUUCUGGAGAGCGAUUGGUGCAGAGCCCAGUAACAGAAAAUGGCAGUCUGCACAGAAGCACAUGUGAGCUCAGCUUCCAUAUCCCCUUCUCGUCCUUACUUCACCCACCUUCCUGCUCUGGAUCCACUGCUGACCUACACCCUCCGUUUCAAGCUGCCCCAGGUUUCCAGGUUGCUACAGAGAAUCCCUUGCCUGUGUCCAUUAAACAAGAGCCUGUCUCUCCAAAGAGGAUAGAGGAGAACAUGAAGAUGUCUGCAGCACUUACCUUCGCUGGCCAGAUGCUGAAUGAUUGCCAUGGUUCAGCCCCUCUUCAAGGAGCCCACUCAAAAGGUGAAGUUACAUCAACUGGGUUCCCCAUAAUCACACUGCCUUCAUCUCUCCAACAUAUGACUGAGGGCUUCCCACCACUGGGCCAUAGAGAGGAGGCUGUUGUGGUGCACCAGACAAGGGAUCACAAUGCAAAGACUGGCACUGCCACUCCUGUAUCUGACCAGAGGUCAGGGGCUGAGCCUGCAACAUAUGAACAAAGAGAGUUAUUUGCUGUGCCAGAGAACCAUAACUUCUUGCUAAUGGACAAGCACCAUAAGGGCCCCAGGUUUCUGGGGAGAGACGAUAAGAGCCAGGGAAGUGAACUACAACAGGAGGUUGAGUCCUCCAUAAUUCCCUCCGACAGCAAAAGCUCCAAGAAGAAAAAGAAAUUCAGGAAGAAAAAGUCUCGAGCGGCCCAAGCAGGGGAGAAUAGUGACACAGAGCAGGAUGCAGAGCUCAUCCGACCUCAACGCAAACUGAAGAACAAGAAGGUCACCAAGGCAAAGGUCACAACCUCAACCCAUAAAGAGUCAGAUGAACCCCUGGUGUUCAGGACCAGAGGCUGUCAGAAAGAGGAGAGCAAGAUGCGGAGUGCCUCCACAGACAGUGAUUCCUCUGUCGAGCUUCUGGAAGUUAGCAACCCCACCUCAGAAGUGGUAGCUAUUGAGUCUUUGGAAUCUGGCAAUGAGCGGCCUGACAGUCCACCUAAGAGAGAGCGGGCGGCCAGGGCUCGAGGCAGUGCUGCUCACCUGAAGGCAGCCUAUGAUGAGGUGACCUCAACCAGCGAAAUAGGGACGAGUUGUACUGAUGUGGCCACCAGAAGUGUGGCUGAGACUCAAACUCCCGUGUCUUCACAGAAGGAAUCGAGGAACACAUCAGAAAUGUCCUCUGAUGACGGGGAAGAGGAAGAUCCAACCGAGGGAGUAUUCGAGAGUCACCAAGCAGCUGUAAAUGCCAUGCAGAUACACAGUGGCCAACUCUACACCUGUUCAGCUGAUAAAACAGUGCGCGUCUACAGUCUGACGAGUCGGCAGUGUGUGGGUACGUUUGAGCCACACAGUACCAAGGUGAACUGCUUACUGAUUAUACAACUGCAAGGAAAGACUGCGUGCCUGUACACUGGAUCCAGUGACCAUACCGUCCGAUGUUAUGAUGUAAAGACCAAAGUUCGUCUGGACCAGUUCACAUUGACAGACCGGGUGUUGAGUCUACACAGUCGGUGGAGAAUCUUAUACAUUGGGCUAGCAAAUGGAGCUGUGUUCACCUUCAGUGUCAAGACCAACAAGCAACUGGAUAUGUUUGAAUGUCAUGGUCCACGGGCAGUCAGUUGUCUGGCAACGGCUCAGGAGGGAGCUCGCAGGCUGCUGCUGGUUGGCUCGUAUGACUGCACCAUCAGCGUUCGUGAUGCCAGGAACGGAUUACUGCUCAGGACCCUGGAAGGACACACAAAGACAGUCUUGUGCAUGAAGGUGAUAAACGACUUGGUUUUCAGUGGAUCCAGUGACCAAUCUGUACAUGCUCACAACAUCCAUACUGGAGAGUUGGUGCGGGUCUACAAAGGUCACAGUCAUGCUGUUACAGUGGUCAACAUCCUGGGCAAGGUGAUGGUGACUGCGUGUUUGGACAAGUUGGUGCGUGUCUACGAGCUGCAGUCCCACGAUCGCCUGCAAGUUUAUGGGGGACACAAGGACAUGGUGAUGUGUAUGGUCAUACACAAGAGCAUGAUCUACACGGGCUGUUAUGACGGGAGCAUACAGGCAGUGCGGCUGAACCUGAUGCAGAACUAUCGUUGUUGGUGGACGGGCUGCAGUUUGAUCUUCGGCGUCUUAAAGCACCUGAAGCAUCACCUACUGACUGAGCACAACAACAACUCUGUCCACACCCUGAAGUGUCGCUGGCGUAACUGUGAUGCUUUCUUCACUUUAAGGAAUGGGUCCAAACAGGAAUUUCCCAAGCACCUCUGCCAACAUGCUGAGGAGAAUAGCCACCUGGACCCAUGAGGCAUUCAACCUCCCAAAUUGGGCUGCAGUUUAAAACUCCACAAUGAUCUUUCCGUGAUCCGCCUGCGUCAUUCCAAGUUGACAGAUUCCAACACCUUACAGCAGAUCGGAGUUCACACAGCUGGUCUAGAUCUACUGCCUGCUAACUGGGUGAAGGAUGAACUUGUGAGAAUGUGAAAUGAUGGGAGUAUCGAUGAGUAGCUGCGCAGAUAUGUGGUUGUGGUCUGUGCCAUUUCAGUGUUCAUCCAUGGAGUUUUUGAAUGCGACACUUGGAGAAAUCUCUCAUGGUUCAUUGAAUUGACCGUGAAAUCCUUGCUGAUUCCUUAAUACUGGAGUUGGUUAUUUUA